AUGGCCAGAAGCCAGCCCAUAGCGGCCGAGAAAUUUACCUUCCUCACCCGCCAAAUCCGCGCUCUCUCCGCCCCGCUCAGCGUCCCCUCUUCUGCGCACACCACUCUUCCGUCCGUCUCCGACAAGACUCUCGCCGAUGUUCUCGUCAGAUCUAAUGAGAAGAUCAAGCACCACAAUCGUUCUGUAUUCUCCGCGCAAGCUACACGACACAUUGCCGAGCAAAUCGAGACACUUUACUGGAACGAGGUGCGCGUGGAGCUCGAGGUCAGUGGUCAAGCGUCAGGAGAGACGGUCGUGAAGAGAGACCUAGAUCUGGGUACAGACAAGGGUGUCAGGGCAUUAGGGGAGAAGUGGGCCGACGUGCUAGCCGAGGAGACUGAGGAACACGAGGAGGGUCAUGUGGAGGAAGAUGAGCAGCGGGCGAAGAGGUACGAAGACAAGAGAGUCCAAUUGCUGGAGCUGUGUAAGAAGAGGGACGAAACAGAGAGAAGGCUCGAGAGGUACAGGCGCCUGCGGGCGCUCCUGCAGCCUUAUGAGCAGCCGCAAGAGCACAUACAGCCGAAUCUGGUGACAAAGGACGGGGAGUUGGGGAAGGAGCUGGAGAGGAUGCGAGUCCUGCUCGCACGCGUAACGGCGAGAAUGGGAGAGCACAAGGACCUACAGGGGCAGAGUGUGGCAGCAAGUGCAGAUCAAGAAAGUACUGUCGGGUUUGAGGAGAAGUUGGCGACGAUCAUGGACAUGAAGUGA